AAACAUUCAAAGAUGCAGUUGCCUGCUGUGAUACUAGUGCUAGUCUUGGCCGGAGUGGCCCACUGCCGACCCACUUUUGAUAGAAUAGCCGAAGUCCUGCUGAACGCCUUAGAUGACCCACAGCCGCACUACCAUCAGCCAGUAAGGCCACUGCCAGGAGAACGCUAUCCGUAUCCACACCCCGGCCCGGGGCCACUUAUCCAAGAGGGCUACGAGCACGGCUACGACUACCACUAUGGCGGAGGAUAUGGCUACCAGGGCUAUCAGCAGGAAGCACACCCGGGCUACUCAGGAGGAUACUAUCCACAACGUCCGCCAGUACUCCCACCUGCGUCGUACUAUCCGCCGCCGCAAUCCUCGCGUCCUGGCUACUACGCACACCAACCAGCAGUGCCCACACCCGCUCCUGGCGGCUACUAUAAGGAUCAAUACGGCGGCGGCUACAAGCAGCGAGGUUACUAGAGUUCACAUAUGACCCACAAUCCCCGCCCAUCCAAUCAUCUGCUAUGUCAUCUGUUUGUUUUUCUGUAAUUUAUUAAAAAAUUCGUGAGUUUCGUCAA